UCUGGAAGGAGAGUUUAGUCUAACCAGACACCUAGGUAUUUGUAGUUGUCCAUAUAUUCUAAGUCAGAACCGUCCAGAGUAGUGAUGUUGGACGGGCCUGCAAGUGCAGAUAUUGAUCGGUUUCAACCUCAUAGUUUGGAGAUCUACAUAAAACACAGGUGAUCACGUUUAACUUCUGUUGUGACGGUUUUAUAAGGCUUGAUACACUACUCUCUCACUAAUCUGCACACCACCGACCAGCCAAUCAAAAUAAUAUUCGCCAAUUCGCAGCUCAGACCUGUAGACUGUUUAAUGAUAAACUAUUGUAGCCGAAUUAAUUGAACCAAAUUUUUAUUUUGGUACAGGUCGUCCUUAUUAUAUGAACAAGGUGUUUUCCAAUAGGCCUUUUUUAAUGCAAAACAUACGUAAAUAAUUUGCGUGAAUGGUGUGUGAUUACCGAGAAGAUAGCGCACCGCAUAAACACAGCAGCAUCAGCUCUAGCAGAGCUCUUCACCUUGGAACUCUCGCGAGGGGAAAAUGACUUCCACAGGAGAGGGAGAAAGAUGAGGUCUGAAACGGACCAAAUGACCGGGGGCAGGGAGGAAAGUGUCGUCGAAAUACAAUUCAGAGAUAUUCCGAGGGGACAGGACGCCGUCUUCGUCAACUCAAAGCAGAAAGAAGAGAAGAAGGAGGUCUUUACUAAGGUAGUAAUAAGGCGACUUCCACCCAACCUGUCCAAGGACCAGCUGGAAGAACAGCUCAGUCCUCUUCCAUCCUAUGACUACUUCGAGUUCUUCCCUGCUGAUCAAAGCCUCUAUCCACACCUGUUCUCCAGAGUUUACAUUAACUUCAGAAACCCCGAAGACAUCCUGCUCUUCAGAGACCGCUUUGAUGGCUAUGUUUUCAUUGAUAACAAAGGCCAGGAGUACCCAGCUGUGGUAGAGUUUGCCCCCUUUCAGAAAGUCUCCAAGAAGAAGCUCAAAAAGAAAGAUUCCAAAGCUGGAAGCAUUGAAGAAGACCCGGAGUACCGGCGGUUUCUGGAGAACUACUCCUGUGAUGAGGAGAAGUCCAUGGCCAACCCCGAAACCCUGCUGGGAGAGAUAGAGGCCAAGACAAAGAAACUCAUAGCCAAAAGAACAACACCUCUUCUGGAGUACAUCAAGAAUAAGAAACUUGAGAAGCAUAGGAUAAGAGAAGAGAAGAGAGAGGAGCGUCGACGCAGGGAGCUGGAGAAGAAACGGCAGAGGGAGGAGGAGAAGAGGAAACGGAGGGAGGAGGAGAGACGCAAACGCAAGGAGGCGGAUAAACAGAAGAAACUAUCGGAGAAGGAGAUCAAGAUCAAGCUCCUGAAGAAGAGUGACUGGGACGAUGAUGUGGACUCUGACAGGCUCAAGGACAAAGGAGACAGUGGGGACACAGAGAGGGCCAAGUGGGACAAACCCAGUGGGCACAUGAAGUCAAGGGAAACCAAGGACCCGGGUCAGAUGGAGAGCGAUAAGGAGCAGAGAGAGCACGGCCGCAGGCAGAGAGACAAAGACCACAGAGGAAGAGACGAGGAGAGGAAACGACAGCGCCACCACUACGAGUUCGACAAGUCCAUGCGGUGCAAGGAGGAUACCAAGUGGGGUAAAGGCUACUGCCAGGACCGGGCAAAGAAAGAUUGCCAAUACCACAGCUCCUACUCCUACGACACGUGCGACAAGGUGGGCAAGGAGGUCAGAGAGGACAUUGUCGGUAGCAGGAAGGACCGCGUCCGGAACAAGGUGAGUGACAAGGCCUGUGUCUCUCAGUCUGUGUUAACCUAUCAGGACAGAAGGACGUCCCAGUCAGAGGGGCCACACCGGAUACGAGGGGCUCUGCCAAACAAGGACCGGCCUGCCAUGCAGCUCUACCAGCCAGGCGCACACAAUCGCAAGCGCGUGAGCUCUGCGAUGAAAGGUUAUGAGCUUCCCAUGAACCACUCGCCAGAACACGCGGCGGCGGACCACUGCUACGAGGCCGUCGCCAUGGAAACGGGCUCGGAAAAGAGCGGAGACGAGUAGUCCAGUCUGUCUACUCUGAUAAGCCUUUCACAAUAUUUACGCCUAUGAAUUAUGAAGCCUUUAUGUGCUGGUUUUGAUGAUAUAAAUGCUUCAAAAUUCACAAAAAGUGACGUGAGCUGAUGAAGAUGAUCUCAUAGAACCCCUGUUUACCACAUAAUUAUUUUUUUCCGUUUAUGAAAAAAAAACAUGAACUUCUCCAUAGGCUUUGAUGAGCCAUGGCGGAGUUAUUAGUGCCUACAAAAACACGACAUUACUAUUGCUCUCUAUCGGACUGCCAGAUUGUAGGCUUGUGUGUUACUAAACGGCAUGCAUGCACAAGGCUUUGGGGUUGAUGGAGCUGCACUCGCCGUUGAAAUCAUUUAAACUUUACAACGAUUCUGGGUCAAACCUUUGCGUAAAUAAUUUCAAAAGGAUUUGAAGAUUGGGUCACCCAUGAUUGGGGUAGGAGAGUAACAAAGAUCAAUCAUUCCCAAUACAUAAUGGAAAUCUUUUCAUCUUGUUCUCCUUUGUUGUAUUCUGUACUUCACAGAGAAUUUUCUCUGGACGCGAUUAGAUUGUGUUUUGUCAAGCAUGACGGGACUGAAGCUAAAGGAAGUUGUUUGUUUCUUGCUUGUGUGUUAUUCUCAUGUUGUGUCACCCCUGGGUACAAUAGCACAGUCAUUUGUAUGUGCAUUUAUUAUGGAUCCCCAUUAAGCAGCUACUCUUCCUGGGGUCCGUAAAAAUUAAGGCAGUUAUACAUAAAAAAAAAAUAGAAUACAUUUAUAACAGGUUUCACAACACACUAAGUGUGU